AUGAGUCCAGCAGCUAGGAGCUUCCCAGAUGACUCUGUGGCAGAUUAUGCUCGAGACGAUGAGCCAUUGUUGAAUCAUGGGGAAGGUGCUACACGGAAAUCCGACGAGGGCAUCUAUCGGAAUCUUUUCAGUGGAACGGCGUGUAUUGCGCAAGCAGGAAUUUGGAUUCUAGCGGUGUUGGUCUGGAAUGGAGUCUUAUCCCAACCGCCCUCGUUCUUCACCCCGCAUCCUUUGCUCGGUGUCUCCGCCCUCCUUCUCCAGGUCCAGGCAACGCUCAUCGUGCAACCAGUGACCACUCCACAACAGAAGCUACAGGGCACCCGCAUCCAUCACCUUGUGCAAUUACUCAGCGUCAUCAUGUUUUUAUCGGCUUUCGUCAUCAUUGAAAUGAACAAGAUAGAAGCAUCCUAUCCGCAUUUCACUUCCCUGCACGGCAAGCUCGGCCUGGCAACUUGCAUAACUAUUGUGCUGCAGGCUAUGAUGGGUGUUGUCCAAUACUUUGUGCCUGUCGCCGUUCUCGGCAGUGUCGACGCUGGAAAGCGAAUUUACAAGUAUCAUCGCUGGAGCGGCCAUACCCUGCUACUGCUGGAGAUGGCAACUGUUAUGGCGGCAAUUGAGAACACUUAUGCAUUCAUGGGGAUGUAUAUUCCUCUCUCGGGUGUCCUUGUGGCCAUUUUGUUGACUUUACUGGGGGUUGGUUUGAGGAUUCAGAAGCAGAAACUGGGGCUGUGA